CGGUAACGAGCCCCAAAAUUUCCCCAAAUUCUCUGUCGAUCUCCGUCGCUGGCAAAAUCGCGACCUUGAUCUUUCUCAAUCAACGGUUUGUGUAAGGUCAUUUCAAUUUCCUGGUACUGAUGGCGGAACAUCUAGCUUCAAUAUUUGGCACAGAGAAGGACAGGGUCAACUGCCCCUUUUACUUCAAGAUUGGUGCUUGUCGUCACGGCGAUCGAUGCUCUCGCCUCCACAAUCGCCCAACAAUUUCCCCCACCCUCCUACUUUCCAACAUGUAUCAGCGACCGGACAUGAUAACCCCUGGUGUUGAUGCCCAAGGUCAGCCCAUUGACCCAAGAAAGAUACAAGAACAUUUUGAGGACUUCUACGAAGACAUUUUUGAGGAACUCAGCAAGUUUGGUGACAUCGAGAGCCUGAACAUCUGUGAUAACCUAGCAGAUCACAUGGUGGGAAAUGUCUAUGUCCAGUUUAGGGAGGAGGAGCAAGCAGCCGCAGCUCUCCGGGCUCUUCAAGGUCGGUUUUACUCUGGACGCCCGAUAAUUGUAGAUUUUUCCCCAGUUACUGACUUCAGGGAAGCUACCUGUCGUCAAUUUGAGGAGAAUAGUUGCAACCGAGGUGGCUAUUGUAAUUUCAUGCAUGUGAAACAAAUUGGACGGGAGCUAAGGAGGAGGUUGUUUGGGCGCUAUAGGCGGUCCCGUGGGAGCAGGAGCCGGAGCAGGAGCCCAAGUCCUUACUACAGAAGGAGCCACCGUGAUCAUGGGCAUUCUCGUGAUCGUGGGGACUACAGAGAAAAUGGGAGGAGGAGCAGUGAUCGUCACUCGAAGUAUGACAGUGAUCGAGGGGACUACCGAGACGAUGUGCGGAGGAGCAGUGAUCGCCAUGCAAAGUAUGACAGUGAUGGAGGAAGGCGGCGGCAUGAGAGUCCGGUCAGGGAAGGGAGCGAGGAAAGGAGAGCAUGAAUUCAGAUAUCCAAUAGAGGCUACAAUCCAUUAGAGUAGAUCAAUUCCUAAUCCAUGUUUCCAGAUGUGGGUGAACAGGAGUAGAAAUAGAAGAAAAAUCAACACUUCCUCUACUGAGGGAAUAUACAUCUCUCUUUAACUCGUUUACUUUUAAGAAGUAUUAUUUGUCCUUCUGUUCAUGCUUGCACUAAUUCACCAGAAAACAUCUAUAGAUGUUUUUUCUGCUUCAUUGUUUGAGUUUUGGACCUACUUCUAAGUGAUAGGUGCAGAAAACGAGCUAUUUUUUGCAUUGCUUCAUCUGAUUCUCUGACAAGGCUAUUCCUCAUUUUUUUUCAGUUCCAGAUGUGGGUGAAGAGGAGUAGAAAUAGAAGAAAAAUCAACACUUCCUCUACUGAGGGAAUAUACAUCUCUCUUUAACUCGUUUAUUCUGAGGGAAUAUACAUCUCUCUUUAACUCGUUUACUUAUAAGAAAUAUUAUUUGUUCCUUCUGUUCAUGCUUGCACUAAUUCACCAGAAAACGAGCUAUUUUUUGGACCAAUUACUUCCAUUCCUAGGUGUACACAGAACUUUUCUUUGCUUCUUUUCCUUCUUUAUGCAAUAUGCCUUGCUGAGGUUUCAGAACGUUGCAUAUUUUUAUAAAAAGUGCAUCUGAAGCGACACCAAGUGUUUUGAUUAGUUCUUUCCUAGCCAUAUAUAUCAUGUUUAUGCUUCCAAGUUCUCUUUGCUUCCAAAUUUCCUUUGGACCCACAUGAUGAAAUAUUCAAGUCUUUCAGAAGUUCAUUUUCCCGCUGGUUUAUCAAAUUGGUUGGUUUGCCAAAAAUAUGCUAUUUCUUGGUAUUUUUUUUUUGCUGAGUCUUGUCUUUUAAAAUUUGUAAUGUUCAGAAGGUGCGUGUUCAUUCCAGAUGUCUACAUUGUUGACGUGUCUGCUCCAAGUUUGUAACCCUAAGGUUUUUCUGGGCUCUGUCCAUAAAUACAUGUCCAUUAGCUAUUUCCUUGCCCAAUGUCCUAGCUGAAAGUUAUUCCAUUUGCUGUAUCCAUGUGUUGCUUUCUUUCUUCUUCGAAAAUGCUAUGUGUCACUGUACACACAUACACACACGUCAGCCUCCCCAUUCACACUAUCCUGUUCUGUAGCUAAUAUCUGGCGCCUCCUUUGCCUCCCUCUGGCCUUCUUCCAUUAUAUGCAAAAUGUGAAAGUUCGUAUAUUUUCAUUCUAAGUGGUAGACUUAGUUAUCGUUUCUGAUGAUUGACAUACCCUUUUCUCUUUGUUGUGCUAGCUAGGGGGCUUCCUGCUGUGAGCAUAUCUGAUGUCACAUGUUGCUUCCUAUGAUAACUCUCUCUAUAUGUGGUGUGCAGAAAAGUAGACAUAGAGGGAGCAUAAAGAAAGAAACAGAUGGAGUGUGUGAUAACUGAGAAGAUGACUUUUUUCCUAAGUGUUUUUUUCAAACAUCACUAGGCCAUAAUAAAAUUCACAGGUCAUUUAUAACAGGUCAUAAAUUCUAAAGUAUAUAAAGACAUUAAUCCCGCAUAACGUUGCUUUUUUGACUUUCUUGCUAAUGUUUUACUAUUGAUUUUUCGAAAAUACAAAAUGGGAAUUUAAUAUUUGUUUUAUAUGUAGCUUUCCCUUUUGGAUUUACUUAUUUACAAAUCUAUAUCUUAUACGUGACAUUUUAUUGCGCAUAUUCCUAUGAACAAAAUCAUUAAAAUAAAUCCUUUUUAUUGUUCUUUUUACCAUUUGGAUAUGUUGUGCGCUAGUUCUAUUUUAAAUCUGGUGCGCAACCCAUGUUCCUUGAAGCUUAUUAAAGAUUCAAGUUACGUAACAUUUUGUUGUGAACUGGCUCCCCUUCAAGGGGCUUUGGUCCACCAUAUUUUUAGGAAAACAUGGCUCCAAAAAUUUGUUUGGACCAAAAUAUUAUUUGUUUAUAGGUAGUGGUAGGCCCAGAAUGUGUUACUACUUGCAUCUGGGGCCUCAGUUGUGUUCAAAAUGAGAGAGCAGUAACACUUUCAUGAAAAAAAUUAAAUAAAAUAAAAAAUUGACUCGUCUUAUAAUAGGUGAUAUUCGCAAUUUAUUUGUUAAAGAUUUUAAAGGUCAAGUUAGUCAUUUAGACAUUUUUGAGAAGUGGUUUUUAGCGUGGAUUCUACAACUACAAUAAAUUGCAUUUGGACUGCACUAUAACUUAGAAAGGAACUUGGGUUUUAUAGUUUGGUUUACAGGAGCAUGUGAUGGGGUACGGGUGAUGGACUUUCUAUAAUACAAUAUUUCUAAUAUUGACAAUGCAGGAAAAUGAAAAUGUGUCAUAAUAAGUAGAUAAAAUUUAUACCACAGAUUGUCUGUCAAGAUUCCUACGUUUAUAUUUACACGGUGACUCGUUAAGCAUAAGUUGGAGAGUGGCACCUAGAAAGGCGUAAGUUUUUUCUUAGUGGCGGUCAUACACGUUGACUCAUUAAGCGAAUGUUGGAGAGUGGCACCUAGAAAGGCGUGAGUUUUUUUCUUAGUGGUGGUUAUUCCUGAUGUCCUCCAAGUUGCUCAAUGGGAUUGUGUGAAUGAUACUGACGAAUUUGGUUUAGCUGCAUAUGUUUUAGGGUUAGUUUUUAUGUAUAAGACAGGAAGAUAGGCUGUGGAGUAUCUCAGCUGGAGUGUACUUGUUACCCUUCAAUUUAUGAUGGAUUUGCUGUUACUAUGUGAGCUUACGCUAUGUGAGUAUCAUCUGAGUCUGUUGAUGAUAAUUAAUGGGUAACUUGUUUAAGUGUUCUGUUGUUUUUUGGUGAACUAUUUCUCUGUAACGGUUGGAAGCAUAGUUCCUGGUUUAUUUUGACUGUU